AUGGAUGAAUAUAAUAAUAUAUAUUCGCAACCAAAGACUCCUCGGUUGAAACAAGAUGGAUUUCAAGGUUCCGCUGACGAUCAACAGGAAAAGACAUCGACUGAUGUAAAUGAGGAGGAAAAGCAAAAGGCGGCCUCCACCGUGGUAACCAAGGGCGAAACUCACACUACACCCUUGACUGUGUCUAUUCCAACCUUUGAAAAUGUUCAAACUUUACCUACACCGAUGACCUAUACUCCGUUAUCCCCAGGAAAUUCGGCUACGUCACCUAUGGAUCAAUCUUCAUUAAGUAUUCCCAAAAGACGGAGUCACGCACGAUUACUGGAUGAUAUGCUUUCCAUCGCACAGCCAAACCAGAGAGUUGUCUCUGAACUUGUUGCGCCAGCAAAUCUAUCGCCGCAAAGAGUUCUUUCCCUACCAACGGUCGCCGAAGAGGCAUUGAUAAAUGAUUCUGUUGAUAGUGAUAGCCGGACAGGAGAAAACUAUUCGCCAGAAUGCGAUGAUGAUCCUACUGAAAAUUAUGGUGACGACGUACUCCAGGGCUACCUUCUGGAUCAUUGGGAUCAGUUGUUAUUAUGGAGAAAGGUAAAACACAUUGGUUCAGGAAACUUUAGUAAUGUUCUUUUAUAUGAAUCGAUGGACCAAAGUGACCCUAAAGUAAGGGAAGUAGCCGUGAAAAGGCUCAAAUAUCCCGAAGAACUAUCAAACAUCGAUCAAAUCAAUACAUCGUCGCGAUAUAAAGAAACACUGUCCCGUCUGGAAAAUUCUCUUACUAGAGAACUACAAGUGCUAAAGUCGCUAAACCAUCCAUGUAUAGUCAAACUACUCGGAAUUAACAAUCCAAUUUUUGUUACCAGCAAGAAGCCCUUACACGAUUUGAUAGGAAAGAACCCGAGGAUUCUGCCGCCUUGUGAUAUGAUCAUGUCUUAUUGUUCUGCCGGAGACUUGUUAGCUGCUGUCAUGGCCCGUAACGGCGGUUUAGAAUUCUGGCUGAUUCAGAGGAUAUUUGCAGAAUUAGUUCUGGCAGUAAAAUAUUUGCAUAGAAACAGUAUUAUUCAUCGUGACUUGAAAUUAGAAAAUGUACUACUGAAGUACACUUUUGAUGAUAUCAAUAGUUUCAAAAAUUCUCCCAUUUACUACAAGCAAAAUGUCAUUGAGUUGGCGGAUUUCGGCCUUUGUAAAAGAAUUGAGAAUAACGAAAUGUGUACAGCAAGAUGUGGAUCGGAGGACUACGUGUCCCCAGAAAUCUUAAUGGGCGUUCCUUAUGACGGCCACUUGAGUGACACGUGGGCCUUAGGUGUCAUACUAUACAGUCUAUUUGAAGACAGAUUGCCGUUUGAUCCUCCACCGAACGCCUCAGUGAGACAGCGUAACAGAGCCACAUCACAUCGUAUCGCUAGGUUUGACUGGAGAUGGUACAGGCUAAGUAACAAUGAGACCAACGUAGGGAAAAAAAUUGUGGAGAACACACUAACGAGAAAGAACCAACGUUGGUCGAUUAGUGAAAUUUGCGAAUCCUCAUUUGUUAAAACAAUUGUGGAUACACUAGACUUUUCUUGA